AUGGGGCUGUUCGACAAGCUCAAGCACAAGAAGCCCGAGCAGGCUCAUGACGGCGCUCCUGCUCCUGCUGCUGCCCCUGCGGUCGACUCUGCCCCGGCACCUGUCGCCGCUGAGGCUCAGAAGGACACCCCUCGCUUCGACUCAUCCAAGGUGACCGUCGUCUUCGUCCUCGGUGGACCUGGUGCAGGCAAAGGCACCCAGUGUGCCCGUCUCGUCCAAGACUACGGCUUCGUCCACCUGAGCGCCGGCGAUCUUCUUCGCGCCGAACAGCAACGUCCCGGCUCUGAGUACGGCUCCAUGAUCGCCGACUACAUCAAGGAAGGCAAGAUCGUCCCCAUGGAAGUUACCGUCGCGCUCCUCUCCAACGCCAUCGCCGAGGCUCUCUCCAAACAAGGCACCACCGAAGCCGGACACUCGAUCCCCGAACAGCACAAAUCCAAGUGGACCGACGGCAAGGGACGAUUCCUCGUCGACGGAUUCCCGCGCAAGAUGGACCAGGCGAUCAAGUUUGACGAAUCCGUGUGCGAGUCCAAGUUCGUGCUGUUUUUGCAGUGCAGCGAAGAGGUGAUGCUCGAAAGGCUCUUGGAGAGGGGCAAGACGAGUGGAAGGGCCGACGACAACAUCGAGUCGAUCAAGAAACGAUUCCAGACGUUCGUCGAGACAUCGAUGCCGGUGGUCGACUACUAUCGAAAGCAGGACCGCGUGGUGGAGGUCGACUCGAUCAAGACGGUGGACCAGGUGUACGCCGAGAUCAAGGAGGCCAUGGAUCGCACUUUUGCCCGCCUCCAACAGUAG